GGCUGCCGAAAGAAGUUUGUUCGUUUUGUUUCCAUAAGGACGGCUCCGUUAGCUCCGUGAAAGCUUCGGUCGCUUCGGUCGGCAAUGGGGCAAAAGUAACGAUAGCCCUGGAAGAGCAAGUCACUUUCGCGUAAAUUGACUAGUCUAGGUUGAGUUCCAUUUCCUCCAAGCAACCGCUAGACAAGCUACGUGUCGAGAAAUUCUCGUAAACCCACCUGAGCUGUUUUUGUGUUUCCUGUCACCUGCUGAUAUGUCACACCCCAGUAGGGACUGCGACGGCAACGCAGUGCCUGGCCGUGUUCGUGUGAUCGACUUAUAGCUGGAAAGUGGCCUGGAAUUUUUUUUCGUUUCUUCCCGUUAUCUACGCCGGCGCGCCAAAUAAACAGCCAUGUUUAACGGUGCCGACGUACUCGCCAGGCGCACGACGCAGACCACGGCGCCCAACCUGCCGCCGAUGUUCGCUUUCUGCGACCACACGCCCAACUCCGACAAGAUCGUCGUGAGACAUCGGCGCGCCAGCUCGUCCGACGACCUGAGGUUCGUUGAGGACGAGCGCCAACAGUCUACCUCCUCGUCGCUGUCGUCUUCGUUCGGUUCGUUGUUCAGCGCUUCCGUACCAGUACCAGCCUCUGCGGCCGGAGCCUCAGAACAGCGUCCUCCGUCCCCGGAAAAGGUCAAGACUAAGUUAAUGUCGGUGUGGAAUAACGUCCGCUACGGCUGGACGAUGCGCAAGAAAGCCAAUUUCAGCGACGAAGAAGCCAUCUGGCUCUUGGGGAUCAUGUACCACCGCAAGAUACAGACGAAGCGUUCCGCUCCCCUCUGGUCAUCCACGUCCUCGCAGAAGUCUCGGAACCCCGUGGCUCUCGGGUCUAGGACGACCUGGGGCCAGUCCGAGUCUGCGACGACGCAGGACGACGAUGGCAGGCUCGCGAGCUACGAACUCUUCCUGGAGGACUUCUCGAGUCGCCUGUGGUUCACGUACCGGCGCGAGUUCCCGCCCAUCCCGGGCACGGAUAUCACAACGGACUGCGGUUGGGGCUGCAUGCUUCGCAGUAGCCAGAUGAUGCUCGCGCAAGCCGUCGUGACGCAUGUACUGGGCCGUCACUGGCGCUACCGCAGGAAUAACCAGACCGAGGCUUCCGACUACGUCCACCGUCAGGUCGUCAGGUGGUUCGGUGACCGGACGGCCGACGCGAGCCCCUUCUCGCUGCACAAGCUGGUGCAGAUGGGCUACGAGAGCGGCAAGCAGGCGGGUGACUGGUAUGGUCCGUCCAGCGCCGCGUACAUUCUCAAGGAGGCUCUCGAGGGCGCCUGCCAGACGGAGCAGCUGCUGUUAGACCUGCGCAUCUACGUCGCACAGGACUGCACCAUCUACCUGGAGGAUGUGCGGACGCUGUGCAGGGGCACCAGGUCGAACGGGACACCGCUGUGGCGUGCCCUCAUCAUCCUGGUGCCCGUGCGCCUGGGCGGUGAACAGCUAAACACCACGUACAUCCCAUGCGUCAAGGGCAUGCUCUCGCACCCCAACUGCAUAGGCGUCAUCGGAGGCCGACCACGUCAUUCGCUCUACUUUCUAGGCUGGCAAGGUGAAAAGGUGAUCUACCUCGACCCUCACUAUGUUCAAGAAGCAGUUGAUGUAGGCCCACAAGAUUUUCCUCUAGAUUCUUAUCACUGUUCGUGGCCACGCAAGAUGUCCUUCUACAAGAUGGAUCCAAGCUGCACCAUGGGUUUCUACUGCAAAACAGAGGACGAGUUUGAGCGUUUUGUGAAGGAUGUCAAGCAGGUGAGUGAAACAACACUCCGUCGACGUUGGCCUGUGCCAACGGAGUCGCGGCACGAGUACCCGGUCUUCCUUGUGUCCGAAGGUAGCUGUGCGGACCAUACGGACACAUCGGACACCGACGGAGCGGACUUUGCCCAUUACCUCCAGGGUCCGAGGGAGAACCUGGACCACCGGCACUCGGAAGAGUACAUCAUACUCUGAGCAUUGCUCUUGGCUUGAUAUUAUUUGCCCAGUGCCUGCUCCUUUGCAGCCAUCUUCAUCUGAAAAGGUGUUUGCUGCUGAACGUAAAACUGAGGUCUCCCUAUUAAGAAAACAAAGCCACACACCCCGUAACCUCCGUAUCUGAUAUUAUCCCAUUUAUAGUAUGUAUCAUAGAAAAACCUCUGUGCCUCCCAUGUAGAAACUUGCGUUACCUUGCUUGGCAUCUUAUAUGAUCGCGCGGUAGUACCAUGUGAUGGGGUGAAAUGUGUGCCUCCAUAACUUCCGUAUGUGAUAUUCCCUACAUUUUUACCCAUUUUUAUAUCAGAUCUUGUAUAAAACAGCUAUGACUUUGUGUGUUCUGUGAUUGUUCAACUAUCCUUACUAACUGUUAGUUAAUUGGUAUUGUUACGGGUUGUUAAGCAGGAUUUUAUGUUGGCAUACUGUACAAAGAACUUGUAUAAUCACGCAUGACUAUUGGUAUCGAGUUCCGUUUAUGGUAGAGACAUAUUUUUAUACGGCCUUUUAGCAGGAAUUCCUUAUAAAGUUUUCCCGUCUUCAUCAUGCGGGAUUACGGAAUACAGAGGUAACGUGGUGUGUGCUUACUAAUAGGGUUGCAGCAUCUUGGCAGCGUAAAAAUGCGUAAAAAUACAAGCUGCUUAGCCUCUCUUACCAAGAUGAUGGGGCACAGUUGAUGUUUGAGGAAGUUGGUGAUGCGGCCGUAAAAAGGAAAUUCUCGGAAAGAAAUAUGGUUUUUCAGUGUUUCAUCAUUCAUUUGCCUUUCGUCAUAAUGCGAGAGAACUGGUGAGGUCCAGUGCUUGCACAAGUGUGCUCCGGAGAUAACAUGGUAUACUGGUGUGCAUACCACUAGUGUUAAAGUAUCGCUCUAGUAUAAAAACACUCUGGAACUGUAAAGAGAGUCGUUGAUCUUUUAGUUGUACUUCCCCCUGUUGUUUGGGUUGGUUAUAUUAAAUAUUUUUCCAAAAUAAUUUCUCUUCCCCAUAGUCUUCUUCUUGUUUCUUUGCUAGAAGGGCUGGUGUUUAUUGUGUGUGUGCUUGUUUCACCGAAUUCACUAGUAAUAAAUAAUUAUAGUGCGUUU